GUCCAUCCUUUAAAUCCAGCACUCUGAAAGCAGAGAAGAAGCUGGAGUUCAUCCCCACUAACCUGCACGUCCAGAGGAUGAGAGUACAAGGAGAGUCUGGCUAUGACAGGACCUAUGACGUAGUAACUAUAGGGGCCCCAGCAGCCCACUACCAAGGCUUUAAGCACUGUGGUCUCCGGAAACUCAUCCACAAGUUUGAGGAGGCUAGGAAACACGCAUAUGAGGAGGAAUGUUCUGUGUCUAGCUCUAAGCCGGUGGCCUACCUGCCUCGGGAUGUGUUGAGAGCGAAGGAGCUGAUUGGUCAGGUCAACACUUUGAAGACUCAGGUUUGCUACUACACUGAACGUUUGUCCCGCGCUGCCAAGGAACGCUCAGCCAACGCUCUAGAGAGAACCCUCGCCAUCCUCUCUGAGAAGACUCGUCAGUUGGUGACAGUCUGUGACUCUAAGCUGCUGUCCUCAGCCAUCCUAGCCCUUACUGCCGCCCGGCCAGAAUGCAUCAUCCAGAAGGGCACUCCCUCCCCAUCGUCCCUCACCCCCUCUCCAUCCCGCUCCCCCUGUCGCUCAUCUACCUCACCCUGUCGCUCCUCUACCUCCCCCUCACGCCAAUCCACCUCCCCCUCGCGUCACUCCAUCUCCCCUCGCCACUCAGUAUAUGUGGAGGGAGAGAGGGGGAGAGGCAAGCGCUCCUCCCUACAGGCUGACUGGCAUGAGGAUGACUGGGAGAAGGUGUGGUUAAAUGUAGAUAAGAGUCUGGACUGUGUGAUCCAGAGGGUGGAAAGACUGCUGGCCAAAGACAGGCUGCAGAGUGACAGCAGCAGUGAGGAUGUGUUCCUGGAUGCUCAGCAGCUGACCAACACCAUUACUAAGAGAAGUAUCCAUGGAAACAGGGAAGCCUUUUGGAUACACCCUGGAUCGUCAUCUUCAUCACCUCUUCUUCCUCCAUCAUCAUCAUUGCCAUCAUUCCCUCAUCUGAGCACCACAUGUCAAUCAAACCAUGAAAGACAAAAGCACUACAGCAGCCCAGACAUAGAAAAAGAAAAGCCCUCCCCAGGUGAAUGGAGUGAUGUGUUGUACCCUCUCCUGACCACCCUGUCAGAGUGUGUGUCUCUGAUGAGUGACAAGGCUAAGAAGUCCAUGGUGUUCCUCCUAAUGCAGGACAGUGCUCCCACCAUCGCCAUGAACCUCACGCUACAGUACCGAAGAGAUGUGGUCUUCUGUCAGACGCUGUCAGCUCUGAUCUGUGGCUUCGUCAUCAAGCUGAGGAACUGUCUCUGUGACGACGGCUUCCUCAGGCAGCUCCACACCAUUGGCCUGCUGGUCCAGCAUGAGGGCCUGCUUAGCACCUAUGGGGAUGAGCUGGCCAUGUUGGAGGACAUGAGUGUUGGCGUGAUGGAUCUGCGGAACGUCACCUUUAAAGUCACCCAGGCAACCUCGGUCUUCGGCCCGGAUAUGCUGCCUGUCAUCACCGGGAACCGGGACGGCUUCAACGUCAGGGUUCCGUUACCAGCGCCGAUGUUUGAUGCGUUGCCGCGGGAGAUCCAGAACGGCAUGCUGCUGCGGGUGCAGCCUGUUCUCUUCAAUGUGGGAAUCAAUGAACAGCAGACACUGGCAGAGAAGUUUGGAGACACAUCUCUCCAGGAGGUGAUUAACAUGGAGAAUAUGGCUCGUCUCAGCUCCUACUACGAGCAGUACAAAGAGGUCCUGCCUGAGGACUGCCUCCCUCGUACCCGUAGUCAGACCAGCCUGCCUGAGCUACUGAAGCUGCUCGGUCAGAACAUCAGUGCCAGGAAGAGCAAGAACGUAGAGAUCCUGUGGCAGGCAGCGGAGGUGUGUCGGCGUCUGAACGGCGUGCGUUUCACCAGCUGUAAGAGUGCUAAGGAUCGUACAGCCAUGUCUCUAACCCUGGAGCAGUGUCUGAUACUCCAGCAGGAGCACGCCAUGGCCCCACAGGUCUUCUUCCAGGCCCUCGACUGCAUGCGCAGUGAGGGCUGCAGACGGAGAACACCAUGAAGAAUGUAGGAUGCCGUAAAUACGCCUUCAGCUCCCUCCAGCUGAAGGCCUUUC